CUGAGCAUUAAAAUAAAAUCUGAAUUAUUCCUGUCUCUUUAAGGUGGCAGCAGUGAGCCGCAGGCGCGCGCAUUUGAUCCCGGAAGUAGUGGUGACGUCAGCGCCGCUUCUCUUUCUUGUGGAUGCUGUGGCCAUGGUGCUCAACCUGUGCUCGCCACACUUUCAGACCUCCAUUCAAUGCAACAAGCUGUGCGCCGACGGUUACGAUGCCUCCAACCUUCUCUCCGCGGAUCCGAUCGCACGCCGGAGGGGUUUCAAGCUGGAGUACUUCCUCCGGCCUCCUGUCCACGUCACGCUGAGCUUCCAGGUCAAGAUGGAGCUGUGUCGGCUGGACGUCGAGCUUUGGCCGUGGGGAAUGGAUCAGGGAAGAACCUCGCGAAGGCUGGAGAUCCUAACGUGUUCGGAGCGAGACGGCGAUCGGUUUGAACUCGUGUCUCGUUGUGAUUUGCAGGAGGAGCUGCAGGUGUGUUUCCUCAACCCUGCUUUUAAACCUCGAGAGCCGUUUUCCGAUGCUCUGCCACAGACGUCAAGUGAAGCGAAAACGCAGGAGCUUUGGAGACGCGGGUCGCUCGGAUCGGUCGCUCAGCUCAGAGUCAGUAUUCCUUACAGCGGCGCAGCAUCGGCGCUCGGCAUCAAGUCGCUCGCCGUCUGGGCUUUGCCUUCUCGCUGCUGUCAUGCAUCUGAACUGGAAAAGAUUUGGGAUGCACAUCUGAAAAGCCUUCAAAAAUCAAACCAUAGUACCAUCGUACCUCCCAAAUCAGAUCCAGUCCCAACCGAAAUCCCAAUUCCAGAGGAGUUCCUCGAUCCCUUAACGCAAGAGCUCAUGGUUUUCCCAAUGAUCUUGCCCAGUGGAAUGGUAAUUGAUAACAGCACACUAGAGGAGUACCAAAAGAGAGAAGCCACAUGGGGUCGCUUACCCAACGACCCGUUUACUGGCGUCCCUUUUACCCAGAACUCAAAACCAAUUCCAAACCCUCUCCUCAAAAGCCGCAUUGACCGUCUGGCUCUGCAGACGGGAUGCACAGGAGUCAGGACCAGGAAUAAUCUACUAACUAAACCACAACCAUCCAGACUCGCAGUGGAGGCCAGAGACGUCACAGACUCCAGUAGAAACCGUGAUCAAACAGACAGUUCACAGUCCUUUGCAUCUGUUUCAGACUCUAAAACAAGAGCGGAUUCCUGCAAAUCAGGACCGAUGCAGAGCCGUUCUGCUAAAAGAAAGUAUGAAUCCAGUUUUCCCUCCACCAGCGCUGAUCCUGAUCGCUCUAUUUUGAGGAAAGCCCAUGAAACUCCCUCAGAGCCGGACUCGCAUGAGCGGCGGUUAGCAGACAGUUUAGAUCAGGCGCUAAACGCUGCUCUUCACGGGUUACCAGUGUUCACCUCGCCGAGCAAAACCAGUUCCAGUGUGGACAGCUCAUCUGGUCUGCAGUCCUGUGCGUUCUGCUCUUGUUCGCUGACGGUUUACUCCUCGAGCGUGGCGUCAUACUCUCUGCCCUGCGCUCAUCUCAUGUGUGGAGCGUGUUUGAGGCAGAAACGCACGUCUGAUCCUCAGAGACUGAAGAUUGAAUGCCCCGCGUGCGGCACGACUGCCUCCAGCAGAGACGUCACUCGAGUGCAUCACUGAACAUGCUUAUCAUGUUUAUCUGAACAUUUGUGUAUAAUGUUAAUUAAACUUUUUUGAAAAAGCUUGA